AUGAUCGUCGAAACGUUACCAUACCGAGUGCUAAACGCCCAGAAGGCCAAAAUGACGCAUGUCAAAAUCGGCGAUGAUCGUGAUUCGAUAGCGUCUCGCACCUUGAAGGUAGGAGAACAGUAUCGAGGUCAUGUCGCGGCUACACAGCCACUCGCCACGGGCGACUCAGCACCACUGUCAGCCCCAAACCGCCUACUCGCUCUACCGAGAGAACUCCGCGAUAAAAUCUACGAGUACGCACUCGCCGAAGAUGAAGGCCUCCUUCUCAUCGAGACUCACCCGAAGAGCUUCAGAGGCCAUCGACUCUACGAACACUGGGUCGAAUCCAACCGCCUCAAAUACGUCUGUCGCCAGCUAUAUCACGAGACCAAGGGUCUGGGACUGGGACUCAACGAUCUCGCUAUGCGCUCCGAGCGGCAGGUCGAAAGCUUUGUUGCUUUCCUGGAUACAUGUUCGGCCAGUCAGCAGCAGUGUAUUCGGAAAGUCACACUGACUGAUCGAAUGAUGCGUCGCAAAAAAUAUACGAGCUCGUGGGACUGGGACGUAGAAGCAUUAAGGCCAUACGGCGCGUCAAAUCCUUGCAUGACGAUUCACCUAUACGUCAAUUCACUCAGCUGUACCGAAUCCGCCGUCCACUGGCUCGUCCUGGCCGACACCAUCCUGUAUGCGAGGUAUCUGCACACGGACCAUGCUUUUAAACCUCGGGCUCCAAGUCUGAUCGCCGUCUUCAGCAAUCCACGCAGUCCGCAAGAUCCAAUCCCCAGUCACAUCCGCAUAUUUCCUGGUAAAGGGUCUUGCCACGUUACCUGUCCUGACUUCAGUGGGACAUUCGUACUUAUAUAUGGUGAAGAACGUCUCAAGAUCUGCACCCGAGAGUUCGAGAAGUGGCAACGCGAGGGCAUCUAG